GGGACACCUACCGGCUUGUGAUAAACGAGUUGUUUAUGCCUCUUCAAGGAAUUAAAAAUAAACAAAUUUUACUUGUUUGCAUUUCAAAAUUGUAUCUUUAUAUAUGUAUUCACCGUAAUUCUCUUUAAGUGUAUUUAUACUUACAUUAGAAUUUUACGCAAUAAACAAAAAAUGAAUUCUUUUAUUGAGACUUGGUCUUCACCGACUUAAGAUAAUUAUUUUAAUGAUUUGAAUACAUAGCUAUAUAUAUAUAUAUGGAGAUCAGUGGAAAAUAAGAUUUCUUGCUGCUUAUACGUACGAUCUGACGUAUUUGUAAUUUUUCUAACCUUAUUACAGAAUGUUGACAAGUAUUUGUAUUCAUUUAUAAAAUGUCAAAACGUUGGAGCAAUGAUUAUGUGGUUACGGAACACCGUGACUUACAGGCUAAUACUAUGGCCAUAGAUGCAACUGGCAAUUAUGUUUUACUAGCUGGUCGUAGAUAUUUUGCCAUAAAACAACUGGAUGAAUGCAAAGAGACAUUAAAAAAAUUUCAACGACAAAGCAAAUAUGAAGUAGGUUCUGCAGAAUGGAAUCCCACAUCGCUAAAUUGUCACUUAUGUGCAAUAUCAAGUAAUACCCGUAUAGAAAUAUUAAACCUUUCAACAAAUGGUGGAUAUGAAUUGCAAACUAUUUAUAGUCUUAAGGCACACACCCGUGUUGUUAAUGAUAUAAAUUGGCAUCCUAAGGAACCUGACAUCAUAGCUUCUUGUAGUAUUGAUACUUUUAUACAUAUUUGGGAUAUAAGAGAUCAACGCAGACCUUGUUUAUCUUUAUCAGCAGUUGCUGGAUCUUCACAAGUACGUUGGAAUGGCUUAUCAUCUCAUACAUUGGCUACUACUCAUGAUGGAGAUAUUAAAAUAUGGGAUCAACGUAAAGGAAACAGUCCUGUUCAAUACAUAGCAGCUCAUUUAACAAAGAUACAUGGUUUAGAUUGGUGUCCAUUUAAUCAAACUCAAUUGGCAACAUCUAGUCAAGAUUGUACGGUUAAAAUUUUUGAUAUUGGCAAUCCAAAAAAGGCAGAAAAUAUUUUAACAACAAAUUCUCCUGUAUGGAGAGCACGAUAUACACCUUUUGGAGAAGGAUUAGUAACGAUUGUAGUGCCACAGUUAAGACGGGGAGAGAAUAGCCUCUUAUUAUGGAAUACAUCGAAUCUUAGUGCUCCCAUAUAUACUUUUGUAGGACAUACUGAUGUUGUUUUAGAGUUCCAAUGGCGACAUAAAAAAUUAGAAAACACGGACUAUGAAUUAAUUACGUGGUCAAAGGAUCAAUGUUUAAGGGUAUUUAAAAUUGAUCCUUUUUUAAAAAAGUUAUGUGGACAUGACAUUGACGAUAACGCAUCAGUUUUUUCUCAAUAUGGAAAAGAUAAUGCAUUAAGUUCUUUGCAAUCUGUUCAACAACUUCAAAUAAAUGAUGCACAAAAUAACCAGGAAACAAAUUAUAUAGAAACAAAAGUUGAUGAUUCUGCAUCAAGUACAGAAUUAAGUACAUUUUCUGAAAAUACAAAAGAUAUAUCAUCACCUACUCAACCAAAAACAUUACAACAAGAAUUUUCUUUAAUAAAUAUGAAUAUACCAAAUAUAGAGGUAAAUGCUAUGGAUGCAAGUGAACGAAGUUGUACUGUUACAGCGUGUAACACUAAUUAUAAUGUAGUACUUAAAGUAAAUUUCCCUAGAAAUUAUCCAUACAAUGCACAACCUACAUUCCAAUUUUGUCCUGGAACAAGCAUUGAUAAUGCGACAAUGGCAAAAUUAUUAAAAGUUUUGAAACAAACUGCUCAACAACGUGUCAGAAAAAACCGAUCCUGUUUAGAACCAUGUCUUAGACAAUUGAUUAUAACAUUAGAACAAAUAUGCAAAAAAGAUGAAAAUGAGACCACUCAUCUAGAUUAUUAUAUACAGGAUAAUGCAAACUUUUUGAAUUCUUCUAAUAUGUGUUCUAGUUACCAAGAUGCAUAUAUACCAUUUCCUCGAACAUCUGGUGCCAAAUUUUGUUGUGUAGGUAUACUUGUAUGUUUUGGUCGAUCUUCAUAUCCAAGGAGGUCUUCGGUAAAACCUGAAAGUAUAACACCUAGAGCAUUAUCUGCUUUAGGAAGCGGAAUCAAUAAUGGAGAACAUUUUAUGAAUAUGUAUCCAAAUACUUAUGUAGCAUCCAAUGAUGGUAUAUCGAUCAGUUCUUUUUAUUUUCAAGACCGUAAAAACAUAAGACGUAAUUUACAUGGUACAAAUAGGAUACAUGAUAGACCAUGUUGUAAAAAUUAUCGUUCAUUAGUUACAAUUUAUGAAGCUUCGUCUCUAUUUUUUGUUAGUAAAGAAUUAGCAGAAAAAUAUAUUAUUAAUAUAACAGAUAUUCCUGCUAUGUGUCAGUAUAAUGCAAAUGUUGCUGCUACAUUGGAAAGAGCUGAUUUGGUACAAGCUUGGUGUUUAGCUGCACUUGUUAUAUCACAAUCUUCUUCCAAUAUAGGACAAAACUUAUUUCAAACGUCAGAAAAUGAUCUUGCUCCGUGGACUUUACAUCCGUUUGGAAAAAAUUUAAUUCACUCUUUAAUUCAGUAUUAUGCUAAUCAAUCUGACAUACAAAUGGCUGGUAUGUUGAGUUGUGCAUUUAGCUAUCGAUCUGAAAAUGUAGAUGCUACACAAACACGAAUAGUUAGCAAAUCUGUUAAUGUCAGUCCUGGUGGUUCCCCAUACCAUACAAUUCAUCUAGCGGAUACAACACUAGAUGGGUGUAAUUUUCCAAAUUUAAAACAACAUAGAUCCAAUUCAUGGUCUGAAUCUUUAGACGAUUUGAAAACUAUACAAGAUACAUUUGGAGAUUCUGUUAAAAAUAUAAAAGUACUUGAUGACAAAUAUACAGCACUUUAUAAUGGAUAUAAAAAAGCAUACGCAGAAGUUCUACAUAGAUGGCAAUUGUUAGAUGCAAGAGCACAAGUGCUCAAGCAUGUAAGCAUAAUGCCAAUUGAUAUUCAUAAAGGUGUUGAAUUCCAAAGCGAAUGUCAAAUCUGUGGUAAAGUUUGCAGAGGUCCUCAAUGCUUAAACUGUAAACGUUUAACAUUUCAAUGCGUAAUUUGUCAUAUUUCAGUUAGAGGACCAAGCAAUUUUUGCAUUCUUUGUGGUCAUGGUGGACAUACUCAACACUUAGCAGCCUGGUUUGUUAAUGAAACAGUUUGUCCAGCAGGCUGUGGAUGUUGUUGUUUACAAGAAAGUUCUAUACUACUUAAAAUGUAAAUAACGCAAAUGUACAUAUUAGUAAAAAAUAUUACUUAUCACAGU